AUGGCACAAUUUCAUAGAGUUCGAGUCAAAAUUUACAUCGGCUUCUCCGGCACCUUCGUCUCGUUUCCACUUUUGUACACCGAAGGGAGCGCAUUUCAAUAUCUCCAUUAUCGAUCGCAUGAGAACCUUCACACCUACGCUAGAUUCCAUUUAAGGUAUUUUGAUAGGCAGUUGCUAUGUCAACCAAUAUGCUCCGAGGAUGCAUUACAAAGGGCUUUUCGUCACCACAAGGUUGAUGUUGAUGGAAAUGUGCUUCACCUAAUCGCGGUUUUCGACGAUAUUCAUGAUCAGAAUCGAACGGCAACAUUUGUCGAUCAGCGAUUAUUUCGAUCGCCAAGACCUGAUCGAUUCAGCGAGUUGGCGGCGUUCAAUCCGAUUCUGCCCGCCCUACUUCCACCGGGUUCUGCCACCUCUUGGCCACCACAAUCUCCAGCGACCAAUCAAAAUCGAGAAUCAUUGGCGCGAACGCGAUUGAUUCGGAUGCAAAGGGAAUUCGGAAACGCAUUUUUACCAUCACUGUAG